UUCAUGACGCAACUUCUGCGUGGGGCCGGAGGAUAAUGAAAGUGGGACUGAAGAUGUCGCGAUUGUCCCUCCUGUGGGUGGAAAUCCUCACGUGUGUGCGCGCACACAAAACACUCGGGACAGACGGAGCGGCUGCAGACGCCUCCGACUGACUGAGCUGCUGGAUGUGAGAGCCGACCGGACGCGUGGCGAGUCCGUUUCUCUGCUGCGCGCUGAUUUGACAGAUCAUCAAGUGAAGGCGGUGUGAGCGACAUGAACUUUAAUCUGGCGCAAUAUUUCAGCCAGUGUUGGACCAGGCGCAGCUCAUCGACUGGACAACGUUAGUCUCAGUUUCUGCGGCUCUUCUGCAUGUUUGGGAAUGUGUGAGUGGAUUUCUGCAAGUGUCUGCUGGAGCAGCGGUUCAUGAUCCCCGGGACUUGCAAACGUGUGAGCUGAAUGUAGCUUUAAUUCAUUUGUGUGAGUCAAUUCAUUAAGCCUAUAUUCUUAUUUGAACUAAAGCUUGGAGGCACGAUGGGCUUAUACAGUUUGGCGUUGUCAUUGGUUGCGUGCGCCGUGUACGUGCGCAGCAGCACUCUGAGCGCCACGGACACUCCGAGCUCAUCCCGGGAGUCGUGCGCCUCCUGCGGCCUCAGGGCGCCGGAUCAGUCGGAGCGGGUGAACAUCGACUUCGUGGAGGCGGUGAAGCGGCACAUCCUGAAUCGUCUGCAGAUGCGGGACAGGCCGAACAUCACGCACCCCAUCCCGAAAGCAGCCAUGGUGACAGCGCUGCGGAGGCUGCACGCCGGCAAAGUGCGUGAGGACGGCCGGGUGGAGAUUCCCAUUGACGGCCAGGCCGCCUUCAGCAACGACGUUCAGGGAGAAACCUCGGAGAUCAUCAGCUUUGCAGAAUCAGAGGAAGAAACAAACGCUAAAACCCGUCUGUACUUCCUGAUCUCCAAUGAGGGUCACCAGAACCUGCAUGUGUCCCAGGCCAACCUGUGGCUGUAUCUCCGCCUGCUGCCUGCUGGACCCGAGAAGGGCCUCCGGAGGAAGGUCACCGUCAAAAUUCACUACCAGGAGGCCGGAGCUGCAGAGGGGAACGAGGCAACGGGCCGCUGGGUUCUGGUGGAGAAGCGCGUGGACCUGAAGCGCAGCGGCUGGCACACGUUUCCGCUCUCGGAGGCGGUGCGGGCCGUGUUUGGGAAGGGCAGCAGGAGACACCUGGAGGUGCACUGCGAGGGGUGCGAGGCGUCCGGAGUGACUCCGGUGCUGGUGGACCCGGGCGACCCGUCCCACCGACUCCUGGUGGUGCGUGCGCAUCAGGUGGACGGGAAGCACCGCAUUCGGAAGCGGGGGCUGGAAUGUGACGGCACCAGCGGGGGGUUAUGUUGCCGGCAGCAGUUUUACAUCGACUUCCGUCUCAUUGGCUGGAACGACUGGAUCAUUGCUCCGGCUGGUUAUUAUGGAAACUACUGUGAGGGAAGCUGCCCCGCCUACAUGGCGGGCGUCCCGGGCUCAGCUUCGUCCUUCCACACAGCAGUGGUUAACCAGUACCGCAUGAGAGGCAUGAGUCCGGGCUCGGUGAACUCCUGCUAUCCCACCAAGCUCAGCACCAUGUCCAUGCUCUACUUUGAUGACGAGUACAACAUCGUGAAGCGGGACGUUCCCAACAUGAUUGUGGAGGAGUGCGGCUGCGCUUGAGUCUGCCCAGCAGAUUCUGUGCAUGCAAGACUUCUCUGUGCAGAACAUCAUCUCCAUUUAUCCAUAUCUAGAGCUGCUCUAAUCCAGAAAACACAACCUAGAUGUUGUGUCCACACGAGUGUGUCGGGACGAAAGAGCGUGUCUUUUUCCGACUUAGUGAAACUCCUGCGUUCAGUGACGGGGUGACAAGCAAAUUAUUUUCACCAAAUCACAUCUUGGUCUAGUUUGCCAUUUCUAGUCAAAAACUAAUGGCCCAUUAUCUCCUCUGA